CAACUCCGGACCACCCAGCCAUUCGACGACACCUGCGAGUCCUAAAUCCUUCCUCCACGAUGAGCGACGAGCGCGCUACCAGCAGCUCGACCGCCGACGCAGCUAUGUCCGUCCAACCCGCAAUCCAAGCGUUCCGGCUUCGCGCGCUCCCGGUAGAGAUUCAGCUCCAAAUCUACCGCGAUGCCUGGACGCUCGCCCUGCCAGACGAAAACAAUCCCAAGGCCUGGUUCUCAGAGGGCAGCCCACGCUCUCUCCAGCUGCGUGAGCAACUAUCAGCAAUCAGCGCCAUGGGCGCCAUGAGCCGCGAAAUGAGAAGCCACGUUUAUGCUGAGUUCUUCUCCCGCACUCAGGCGUACAUCACCACCGACCGCCGCAUUUCCACAGCCAGAAGGAUGGUCGACGACUUCUGCUUGAGGAAGAUCAUGGGCAUUUCUCCUCUCCUGAGAGAACAGCUUCAACAUGUGUGUCUUGUGCUGUGCCAUGGAUCUGGAGUAACUGACGGGUCUCAGGGACCCUCGCGGGGGAAAAGAGCGUUAAUGUGGCUGGCGAGCCUCAAGCGGUUGAAGACCUUGGAUGUCGUCUUUGAUCUAGUCGUAGGCAAUCUAGGUCCAGGUCCCAUGAUUCAUAUUGGAGAUGAUGGGACUGUGAUUGAAACUUGGCCGUUUCGAUCUCCGUUUUUGGAUGUGGAAGAUAUUCGGCGUCUGCCGAAGCUGGACAAGUGGUUGCGAGAUGAAAGGGCCUUUUCUUGGGAGGAAACCCCGCAGCUCAAGGAACUCAAGGAGGAGUUUGAGAAGCUCGCGCCUGCCUCUGAGGACACGGAGCAGCGACGAUACAAGUUUGACCAGCACAUUGGCGUCAGGGAUGAGUACGACUGGCCUUCUCGUUCCUACCAAAUCUGA